AUGUCUGCCCCCGAACUAUCCCCUGUUAGACAUCCUAUCGAUGUUCGCAGCUUAACCUCCUAUUUGCACUCCCUUACCCCAGAAUCCAAGGGUACCACCUUAGGAGUCAAUGUCCCCGACUUCCUGAAGUACAAAAAGCUCGAUAUUCAGCAGUUUAAGUUCGGCCAGUCCAACCCAACGUAUCUCCUCACUGAUGUCGACACCGGGAGGCAGUUUGUGUUGAGAAAGAAGCCUCUGCCCAAUGCUAAGCUUGUAUCCAAGUCUGCACAUGCAGUCGAGAGAGAGUUUUUCAUGUUGAGAAGCAUUGGGCUUUUGAACCGUGAUCCAGAGUCCAAGGGCAACGUGCCUGUUCCCGAAGUCUAUUUGUUGUGUGAAGAUGAGUCCAUUAUUGGCUAUGUGUUUUAUCUCAUGGAGUAUAUCAACGGGAUCCAAAUCAAGAAUCCAGAAAUGAUCGGAGUUUCUCCAGAAGACAAGAAGUUAUAUUGGAAGUCGAUUGUCGAAACUAUCAGUGCCAUCCACUUACUUGAUACCACGAAGUUGAUCGCCGAGUUGCCUCCUAGUCACUAUCCACAAUUCCAGAAUUUAGACAAGUUGAAGAAAUCAACUUACUUCCAGCGUCAGGUUAGAACCUUAAGUGGAAUUGCAAACUUGCAAAACAAGGUAGUCGAUCCUAUUCCAAGCUUCCAAGAGAACUGUGAAUGGCUCCUAAGAAGAGCUCCCAAGGAUCCCGCCAAGUUGACGUUGAUCCACGGAGACUUGAAGAUUGACAAUGUUCUUUUCGAUCCAAAGAAGAAGGUCGUCAUCGGAGUCUUGGAUUGGGAAUUGUGCACCAUUGGACAUCCUCUUUUCGAUUUAGCCAACUUCUUGCAACCGUUCCAAUUACCAAACCAAUUGAAUAAGAAGAUGUCCGGUUCAGAUACCACAAUUGGAUCUGAAAAUCAAGACUCCAUAGACUUUAUUUACAAGGUUCUUGGUGACUACUCUAAGAAAGUUACCUGGGACCCACAAGAUCCAUCCAAUAACCCAAUAGAUCACUGGCUCUUGGGUUACGUAUUCGGAUUGUUGCGUUUGUGUGUUAUCACUCAAGGAAUUGCCAUGAGAUCAAAGCAAGGAAAUGCUAGUUCAGGUAAUGCUGCAGCAUACGGUAGCUUCUAUCCAUUCUUGGCAGAUCUUGCUAUCAAAGGUAUUGAAGAAUACGAAGCCAGAAGAAGAUCCAGCAAAUUCUGA